AUGCCUAUAAUAAAUGAAUUAAAAAAAAAUGUACUGUCCAACUCAAAUUCAGAAACUUUCUUGUCAUAUUUAAUGAAUGUUUGGUUUUCAUACCCUGAAAAAGUUUUAACAUGGAAUAUUUUAUGGGACCAACAAUGGAUUGUUGAAUUUUUUAAUCAAAAUUUAUCGAGGGUCUUAAAUUAUUUACAAAAUCAGACACUGAAGCAAUUUAUUACUAAUAUUCCGGUAAUGUUGAAAGAAACGAUAAAAACUCUAAGCCAGCCGGAAUUUACUGAAAACCGAUCUCAAGUAACAGCGGAUGAAAUUCCUAAAAAAAUCGUACAGUUCAUUCACAAGUUACAUAAUCAAAUUUCUGAUGAAAAAUUAUCAAUAAAGUUUUUCUAUGAUGGAAUGAUAAAAAAUACUUUAAUUCAAGACACCAUCGAAAUUGCUAGUUCAAGGCGUCCAAGUGUUCAAAUCCAAAGUGACAUUGUUAAUGAACGGACUCAAAUGUCUAGUAAUAUUGGAAACAAUGUGGUAGCUGUUGAAUCAGUAAUAUCAAGUCAGUUACGUAGCGAAUCGACCACCUCUCUUGAAACCGGCUCUACUAAUAAUAAUAGCAUAAACGAGAAUCCAAGUAUUGUUAUUCAUGAUGAUGAUUCGGAAACAGAAGAGCCUGGAUCAAGUAUGAAUACCACGUUAGAUGAUGAGAUAAUUGUUAUUUCAGACGACGGAGUAACGGAAAAUAAUUUCACUGAGAGAUAA